AUGAGAAAGUCCAAUCGUUCGAAUUCAGGAGCAACAGGAGCAUCAGGAGCCGGUGGUCGCAUGCAACGCAUUGUCUCUCAAGCCGGGUUCUAUGCUGCUACAAGGCUGUCGUCCGAGAGCAAUGACACGAUACCCACCACCACUGCAAACAACACACGAUCCAAAGCACUUGGGACAAUGUCAGACUCGCUAGCCAGUGAACCAUUGCAUCGAGGCGCCAAUGGGCUUAUACGCUAUCGCCUUCCAGGCACAGUGAACACCAUAUCAAUAUCGCAGGAUCGAGAAUUGGUGGCAGUUGCAGGACGUGAAGUCCUCAAGGUAUUGACAGUAUCACCGACACACGUUGAUGAAGUGCUCAACUUGCGAGCUGGAAGUAAUCUGAAGGCCAACUAUAGCGUUACGGAUAUCAAAUGGGGCAACAAUGUGACAAAGAACAAGGUGGUUACAGCAGCAACAAAUGGUUCUAUCGUCUUGUGGGAUAUCAAUAAGGCAACAGGGAGGAGAGCAGAGCGUAUGAUCAACGAGCAUAGCCGUUCAGUGAAUCGAGUUUGCUUUCAGCCAGAAAAUGGGCAUAUCCUACUUAGUGCUUCACAAGAUGGGACAAUGCGCUGUUGGGAUUUACGAGAACCAAGAGCACAAGCACGUUAUCGUUUUGAAGGGAAAUCAGAAUCUGUACGGGAUGUCCAAUUCAAUCCUUUAAUCCAUCAUGAAUUUGCGGCUGCAUUUGAAGCGGGUAUCAUCCAGAAAUGGGAUAUGAGGAAUCCAAAGACUCUUUAUGAGAAGAAAAUGAGUGCUCACAAUGGCCCUUGUUUAACCAUUGAUUGGCAUGCCAACGGUCGUUGGGUGGCAAGUGCUGGAAGAGACAAGACGAUCAAGGUUUGGGACAUGAGUGUCGAUAGUCGUAGACCGCUAUAUACCAUACGUACGAUGGCAGCCGUGGCUCGAAUACAGUGGCGUCCCGAUCAUGAGAACGAGAUAACGUCUUGUUCGCUGAUUUCAGACAGUCGAAUGUAUAUUUGGGAUAUACGAAGACCUCACAUUGCAAAGUACGCAUUCAAUGAACAUGAUUCUUCCACAACAGGAUUCAUCUGGUAUGACGCCGAUGUACUUUAUUCAUCCGCCAAGGACAAAACGUUUGUACGACAGGCAAUGCAACAUGCGUAUGAACCAGCAAAUUUAUUAUGUCGCAAUGGUAUGGGAUGGAAUAUUCAAGGUGAUCUCGCGUUUGCUGUGGAUCAGAGUGCAAGAGAUAAGUUCGUGGAUGAGAGUGUUAUUCCUCGACCCACUGUCAGCCAGCCCAAAAAAUGGAAGAAGCUUGCAAAGAUGCCAAUAGAACAAGAGGUAGUGCAAUACAUACCUCCGCAAAGCUGUGGUAUUGCCCAUUUGCCACUCUUUGAUUUCGAAGCCUUUUCCUUAUUUGCCGAGAACUAUGAUAUAUCAAAUACGGACAUCCUUGCAUCAUGUGAGAAGAAUUGCGAGAUUGCUUGGAAAUUAUCUCGAUACCGAACUGCUCAAGCGUGGAAGAUUAUCUCUCUACUUUUUAGACCAGAGCAUGACGGUGAUAAAGAGGAUGAGGUUGAUGAUGAUGAUGAUGAGGAGCAGGAGGAAUCAGGGCGAAAAGCCAAUGGCGAAGCUAGUGAAAAAAGCGGCAUUGAUUCAGACACAGAAGAUACCAUGACAGACUUAUGGCAGGCCUGGGAGCAUGAAGGCGUUAUCCAUGAAUUACUGGAAUAUUAUACCGAACAGGGAGAUGUGCAAAUGUGCGUUACAUUGUAUUUGGUGCUACAAAAUCACAUCACGGUCAAUCAUGAUCAGAUAGAAGACUGGUUCUCAGCCUAUAUAGAUUUGCUCCAGCGAUUCAAGUUGUGGACAACAGCAGCAGCCGUAAUCAAUGCGUGCCCAGUGAGCCGUAUCAGGGAACGCAAUGAGAAUUCCACCACGAUCAACAUUGCAUGCAAUAACUGCUUCAAGCUGGUAUCGGGUUCAGCUCAAGGUGCUUGGGCUUGCGACAAGUGCCAUCAGUUGUUGAAUGGAUGCUCAAUAUGUCAUCAAACGGUGCGAGGAUUAUACGUAUGGUGUCAAGGCUGUAACCAUGGAGGUCAUCUAGAGCAUAUGCGUGAGUGGUUCUCGAAUGAGCCAUUAUGUCCAACCGGUUGUGGCCACUCCUGCAAACUAUCCCCUUUGUAA